GAAGUGUCAAUUAUUCUUUUUUUUUUUUUGAAUCUGAGUGCAUUUUGCAGCUCUCAAACAGGGAUUUUUUAUACAAGAAGAACAGGUAUUACAAUUCUUUUUUUAAAAAACUAUUUAUUUAUUUAUUUGUUUAUUUGUUUAUUUAUUUAUUUAUUUAUUUAUUUGUGUGUGUGUGUGUGUGUGUGUGUGUGUGUAUGCCUGCAGGCCAGAAGAGGGCACCAGACCCCAUUACAGAUGGUUGUGAACCACCAUGUGGUUGCUGGGAAUAAAUAAAAAAUAAAAAAAAUCUGAUUAAAAAAAAGCUGUUGGGUUCUAGGAGGCUGCACUUCCUGAGUGACUAACCUCAUGUCCUAAGUUCCUCUCAGAGGAGAGGCAGCCCCGAAGCUGAGAUGGGGACUGUGACAAUUCUGCUUCCUGCAAAUAAAAACCAGAGCCUGUGGUUUGAGUCACACAGCUCAGGGAUUGGGGCAGUAAUGUGUAUUUCCCCACAUGCAUUAUCAAGACAUGACAGGUGGUGGCUGUGUGAGAUACGAGCUGCUGUUAGCUUGUGGUGAGUCUUGGGACUUGCUUGGCAGGAGAUUGGGUGCAGAAAAGUGCUGGGAGCAGCUGGAGGGGCCUCUUCCCACUUGGUCCAUCUCAGUGUCACUGGAAGUUCUGGUGCUCAUCACUGUUUCCCUCUAGUUUUGUGCAUCGUACUCGUUGAUAAUUCUGCUCCACACAUUUCUUUGGCAUCUGAUUAUGGGUGUUCUUCCUCUCUGUGUCUCUAUAUCUCUCCUUCUCUCUCUAUUGCGUGUGAGUCUGCAUAUACACAUUUGCAUGUUUUUCUGUCCCUGCAGACGACAGCAGCCAGGGAUCUGUGGUAGAAGCUAAGGAUUUGCCUGACCCAGUUUCUAGGCGAUGCCACUGCUGAGGUUGGGAUCCCCACUUUAAGCAUUACUAAUGUUGUCUUAUGUGCUCACUUUGAUGGCACCUAGGAAUCUCUUAGGGUAUUUAUAUUGCUGUCCUGCUGUUGGGUCUGAAACCCAGAGUUGUGUUCUCUGUCUUACUGCUCAAUGACAGUCAUGUAGGGUCUAGAAUCGCUUUCUGAAACAGAAGAGAUUUCAUUGCAAUAUCUGGUGUGGCAAGACCUGUGGCGUAAAUUCCUGGUAACACAGAGAGCUAGACUGACUGUCUAGGCCUACUGCGUGAGCUCAUGCAGCUAGGACACCCUCCAUCUGAGCCAGGCCUCUGCUGACCUAGGGUCAGGAUAACAAGAAAUAAGCACCACAAGGUUCCAGAAAUAGUAUCCAGAAUGUGGCAACCCCUGGGCUGUGGUCGACCAGGAUCCAGCUUGAGUUUCCAUGAUCCUUGAGGCCUGUGUUCAUGGGAGUCUUUCCUCCUGUUUUAGGCCCUACCACCCGCCAAAUCCCCUGAAUGAGAAAGUGAAGCUACAGCACAAACAGGCCUUGUCAGCACUAAAGCGUCUGGAGGACGAGAACGCCGAGGCCUCAGAAAAGCUGAGUGAGCUGACCAAGGAGACAGUCUUAUAUCGCAGUGUGCACAGCUGGCUCCUGAUGCAGCAUACUCACCUGGAGCACAAGGUGGACCUGCUAAGGCAGGAGAAGAAGAAAUUGCGGGAUGAUUGGGUCCUACUGAUGCGCUACGUAGAGGACUUGAAAGUGCUCUGUAAGAACCAAGAAGAGAACGGUGACGUCAAAACCCAGCAACAACAGGAGCUCCAGGGAUUGGUGCAAAGACUUCAGUUCCUGCUGAAGCAGAAGGAAGCAGACACCCAGAAAAAGGACUUAGCAGAAAAGCUGCAGCAUCACUUUGAGUUCUUCCAGAUGAGGUCCAAAACACUCCAGCCUGAGGUGGAAGAGGCCACAGCCCAGGACAAGAGCCACUUGCAGAAGGAGCUGCUACAGGAAGAGCCACCCGCUGAGCCCCAUCCCCAGCAACUACGGAAGUGCAGGGAUCAAUUUUAUUCUUCAAAUUUGGAUUCCAUCGUGGAAUAGGCCUUGAGUAUGUCUAGCCAGUGACCCAGCAUGGCUGCUUCUGGGUCUUGAUUCCCUUUCCUUUUUGAUAACACCCCCUGAGAGAACUGAGGAAGCCAAAGGGAGCCACAGACACCUUGAAACCAUCACAUUCUUCACAUUAGGACCAAGGCCUCCAGACAAAAAGACACCCCUUGUAACUGUGAACUCACCAGUGAAGGAAAUACCAGCUGUCCUCCAGGUGGUCAUGCCCAGUCUGAUCCGUGCGUCUGUUGACUCAGUUCUCAUGAAGAAAAAGCAUCAAAACCAUGCUUGGGGUAGAGAAAACCAGAAACAAAAGUUACUCCAAAGCCUAUAUCUACCAGCAAUGGCCUCAGCCUUGGGGGAGGAACAUGACAUAUAAACUCCCAAAGAGGAUUGACUACAGGCAUCUUGAAAAAGCUGUUCCAAUUGGUGAUGGCCUCACUACCAUGUCUCUGAGGCGAGGCACAGCCUGUAGUAUUCUGUGCUAUUCAAUUUGCCGUGAGAGAAUUCUAAUUAGCUUAAUUUUUCUUGUUUGGUUUUGUUUUAAGUUUUUAUUUUUGGUUGUUUCGGUUUGGGCUUUGUUAUUUUGAUGUUAUCUAUUCUUGUUGAUGAUUUUCAUAAUUUGUUAAGGUUAUUAUUCAGUGUUUAUCUUGAAACCCUGUUAAAACCCCCUUUGAGUAAAAUGUAUUUUUAUGAAUAAAAAAAGCAAUUUCCAA